ACCAAACAAGUGGCUUUGUCUCAUUUAUUUACUGACAUUUAAAGAGUCCGGUUCUCAAAUGUUUGUAACAUCCACUUUUCCUGGACAUCUUAAGCAGAAUGCAGGGCCCCACCCCCAGGGUACCUGCUCCGGCCUCAGUGGGAUCUGGAGUGGGGACUGAGAGCUUGCAUUUCAAACAAAUUCCCAGGUAAUGCUGAUGUCAUCUGAAAAUUACUGAUAGGGGAAAUUUUAAUAUUAUCAUAUUAAAUAAUUACCAUCACCUUUCUUAGGAAUCUCCAUCUCAAGGCUCAGAGAGAUGAAGUGCUGGCGCAGGGGUACAGAGGGAGGAAAGUCAAGGUAUGGGUCACUUGGUAGCGACCUUUGAGAGUGGGUGAUUGCCUCAGGUCAUUUCUACGGAAAUCUGUGUGCCUCUCCUUUAAGAGGAAAAUAAGCCACUCCCUCUCUUGGGAACCUUGAGAAGUAGGGUUUACCGAGAGCAGAAAGUGCGCUCCAGGUACCACCUGGAUUCCGUCAAACUACAUUACCCAGAAGGCAGUGCUACAAGGGACGGAAGCCGGCGCCAGGCCAUAGACGAAGGGCGCAGAGGGGCGUUUCCUGUAGCGGCGUGGGCGGGACUUCCGGCGUCGAGUCUUCAGACCCCGUUCGGUCUUGGCUGCAGUCGUUACCGUCACUACAGCGGCCAGAACGCCGGACAGGGACCACUUUUCCAGGUCGCGUAGAAACGAACAGUGAGAAGGAAAGGACUCACACGCUUUUAUAUCAGCCGCGAUCCCACCCCCACAAGCGUCUGCAAAACGCUUCCUGGGGCCUCGGCGCCAGCCCUGUGUUUCCACGGCGCGCGGAGGCGGCCCCGCGAACCUUGUACGCAUUUUACACGGCGGCAGGGACUGAUGUCCCUCGCAGCCCAGAGCCGGAGCCAGGGGUCGCCGGCGGACUGGCUUCCUCGCCUCCUCUCAAGACCUCACUCGGCCCCCUGGGCCCAUGGCGGCGCCGGCGCCGGCGUUGGCAUUAGUAUCAUUUGAAGACGUGGUUGUGACCUUCACUGGAGAGGAAUGGGGGCACCUGGACCUGGCCCAGAGGACCCUGUACCAGGAGGUGAUGCUGGAGACCUGCAGGCUCCUGAUCUCACUGGGGCAUCCUGUUCCCAAACCAGAGCUGAUCUACCUGCUGGAACAUGGGCAGGAACUGUGGACAGUGAAAAGAGGCCUCUCCCAAAGCACCUGUGCAGGUGAAAAAGCAAAACCCAAGACUGCAGAACCUACUGCUUCUCAGCUGGCCUUCUCUGAGGAAUCCUCUUUCCAGGGACUACUGGCACAGAGAUCCUCAAGGAAUUCCAGGUUGGGGCAAGCUAGAGAUGAGGAAAAGCUUAAAGAAAUUCAGGAAGGGAACUUGAGGCCAGGAACAGACCCCCCCAAACAGAUAUGCCCUGGGAAGUUGAGCUAUAAACAUGAUGAUUUGGAGCCAGCUGAUAGUCUGGGUUUAAGGGUUUUACAGGAACAAGUCACUCCACAAGAUGUUCUCCAUGAACAUGACACUCAAGGACCAGGAAAAGAUCCCAUGAUUGAUGCAAGGAAUAACGCUUACACAUGCACGGAAUGUGGGAAAGGGUUUAGCAAGAAGUGGGCCCUUGUUCGGCAUCAGCAGAUUCAUGCUGGAGUAAAGCCCUAUGAGUGCAAUGAGUGUGGGAAAGCCUGUCGUUACAUGGCCGAUGUCAUUCGUCAUAUGAGGCUUCAUACUGGGGAAAAACCAUAUAAGUGUAUUGAGUGUGGGAAAGCCUUCAAACGCAGGUUUCACCUCACGGAGCACCAGCGUAUUCACACUGGAGAUAAGCCCUAUGAGUGCAAAGAAUGUGGCAAAGCGUUCACCCACCGCUCUUCUUUUAUCCAGCAUAAUAUGACUCACACUCAAGAAAAGCCCUUUUUAUGCAAAGAAUGUGGCAAAGCUUUUUACUAUAGCUCUUCAUUUGCUCAGCACAUGAGGAUCCAUACUGGAAAGAAGCUCUAUGAGUGCAGUGAAUGUGGAAAGGCCUUUACACACCGCUCCACAUUUAUCCAGCACAGCAUGACCCACACAGGAGAAAAACCAUUUUUAUGUAAAGAAUGUGGAAAAGCCUUUUGCCUCAAUUCAUCCUUCACUCAGCACAUGAGGAUUCACACUGGAGAGAAACCCUAUGAAUGCAGUGAAUGUGGAAAGGCCUUUACUCAUCGCUCUACUUUCAUCAGGCAUAAGAGGACCCAUACUGGAGAGAAGCCCUUUGAGUGCAAAGAAUGUGGGAAGACCUUUUGUGACAGCUCUUCCCUAAUUCAGCACAUGAGGAUUCACACUGGUGAGAAGCCUUAUGAAUGCAGUGAAUGUGGAAAGGCCUUUACACACCACUCUGUUUUUAUUCGACAUAACAGGACCCACAGUGGACAUAAACCCUUGGAGUGUAAAGAAUGUACAAAAGCCUUUUACUAUCUCUCUUCCUUCACUCGACACAUGAGGAUUCACACUGGAGAGAAGCCCUAUGUUUGUAGAGAAUGUGGAAAGGCUUUUACCCAGCCUGCAAAUUUUGUUCGGCAUAAUAGGAUCCACACUGGAGAAAAACCCUUUGAAUGCAAAGAAUGUGAGAAAGCCUUUUGCAGCAACUUUGCUUUAACUCAGCACAUGCGAACUCACACUGGAGAGAAACCCUUUGAAUGCAGUGAAUGUGGAAAGACCUUCAGCCACAGUUCAUCGUUCACUCACCAUCGAAAGAUUCAUACCAGAGUUUAAAAGAUACAGGAAGGUCUUUUACAAGUGUGUACAUCUUUAGUGAACUCAUAGUAGUAACAUACCUUUCCUUUUGAAUAUAACUUGAGGAAAAUCUUUUGGCCAGAGAAACAUCUUAAUAUCUGAAAAUUCAUACGAGAAACAUAAUUGUCCCUGUGAAAUCUUUUUAUGGCAGGUAAUCACUUGUCAUUCAAGGAAUUAUGUUAAAGACUGAUCCAGUUUAGAGCCUUACACUGUACCUGAGAAUAAUUGAGGGGAGAGACCUGGAAGUUAACGUGCAUUUAGGUAAAAUGUCA